UGUUGCUGGCGAGGCGUGGCCAUCUCCGUGGGCCCGGUCACCCUCGUCUCUCCGCCAUGGAGACCUCCGUGCCCCAGGAGCAGCAGCAACCGGCGCCGACUAAGAGCAGGAAUCUGCCCUGGGUUGAGAAAUACCGGCCCCAGACACUAGGUGAUCUUAUAUCUCACCAGGACAUCCUGAGUACCAUUCAGAAAUUUAUCAGUGAGGACCGCCUGCCGCACCUGCUUCUGUACGGUCCUCCCGGGACGGGAAAGACAUCUACCAUCCUAGCUUGUGCCAAGCAGCUCUACAAAGAUAAAGAAUUUGGGUCCAUGGUCUUGGAGCUGAAUGCUUCAGAUGACCGAGGAAUAGAUAUUGUUCGGGGACCAGUCCUGAGCUUUGCUAGUACAAGGACAAUAUUUAAGAAAGGCUUUAAACUGGUGAUCUUGGAUGAAGCGGACGCCAUGACUCAAGAUGCCCAGAAUGCCCUGAGGAGAGUGAUUGAGAAGUUCACGGAAAACACCCGAUUCUGCCUCAUCUGCAACUAUCUGUCCAAGAUCAUCCCUGCCCUGCAGUCGCGGUGUACCAGGUUCCGGUUUGGCCCCCUGACUCCUGAACUGAUGGUCCCCCGCCUGGAACAUGUUGUGAGGGAAGAGAGAGUUGACAUAAGCGAAGAUGGGAUGAAGGCACUCGUGACACUGUCCAGUGGAGAUAUGAGAAGGGCGCUGAACAUCUUGCAGAGCACCAACAUGGCCUUUGGGAAGGUCACAGAGGAGACGGUGUACACCUGCACAGGACACCCGCUCAAGUCGGACAUCUCUAACAUCCUGGACUGGAUGUUGAAUGAAGACUUCACCACAGCCUACAGGAAUAUCAUGGCGCUGAAAACGCUGAAGGGGCUGGCGCUACAGGACAUCCUGACUGAGAUACACCUGUUUGUGCAUAGAGUUGACUUCCCAUCUUCGGUUCGAGUACAGUUACUGACCAAGAUGGCAGACAUCGAGUACAGACUCUCUCUCGGCACCAAUGAGAAGAUCCAGCUGAGCUCCCUCAUCGCUGCUUUUCAAGUCACCAGGGACCUGAUUGUCUCCCAGGCCUAGCUGCCAGGGCCUGUUGGCUCCAGUUCCCACGGGCCAGCAGUGAACAGACCACAGGGGUCAGUUCCAGGACAGGCUGCUGCCCUGGGCAGGUGUGACAAUGCUAGCCAUCCCCAGCCUUGGAAAACUGCAUCCCAGGCUUGGGUGAGCCUGCUGUUGAAAAGUACAGCCUGUGGGGGACAGGUCGGAGCAGGGAUGUGCAAGCGUUUUUCAUGCAUGUCAUCUUCCUGCCCUUCAAGGUUGGAGAAACAAACACUUGACGGCCUAAAGCUUGUGCCCAGUAAUUUCUUCGGCGCUGACGGGGGAAGUAAGCCAUCAACCUCGUUGAGAUGCGCAGCACACAGCUUUCAAACACAACAUGGUCCACACGGUUUCCAACUCUAGUAACAGAGUUACCCUCCAUCACUGAGUCCCCAUCUAUAAUGUUAGUCCUGUGUCUGUAUGACGUACGUAGAUGUGAAUGGGUUUCUGGCCAAGACUAUUCUUUAUAAAAUAGACUCCGUUCUCCUUUCUUAAAAAAUCUUUCCUCUCACAGGAGAAUUGCUGGUAGCUGUGGUGUGGGACUGGAGGGCAUAAACAGACAUUGAUGUUAAAUAUGACAGCUGUCCUUUAAGCUGUGCUGUUAGGGACCUGUGGUUGCACAAGACUGUCUUGUUUACCUCGAGAGCCUGAAAGAUUAAGGCCGAUUCUCCACCUGCAACUGCUGAAAGGAUUGAAAUUUCUGUUUGAGUUUAGCGGCUUAUUUUACAGCAACUCUGCAUUUAUAUUCCCACUCAUUACUUAAUUAAAAAAAAAACCAACA